AAACAACUAUUCUGUGUGUAAUUGUCUGCUUGAGUGAUCGAUCUCAGAAAUAUUUAUUUGAUUAAAUUAUAAAAAGAAGAUGUUUUGGAGACUAUUUAAAUGAUAAUUACUUAUAUUAACGCUACUUAACAUCCAGCAACAAGUGUGAGACCUGUGAGAGUUAUUGAUACUGCGACCACCAUGACCUUUGGUAUUGCGUUGUGCUUUUCUUCACAAAAUAUUAUCACUUGAAGAUAAAACGGAGAGACGUUAAGAAUGGGGUGCUUUCAUAGCAAGAAGGAUACGGGAGACAUCCACCCCAACGUGUUCCGUGUCGUGAACGUGGAUGAAGACGGCGCAGACCUGUGGUCGGGGCAGCUGGAAGUGACAGAGACAGAGCUGGUCCUGUACCGGAUUGGAAAAGAUGCUACUUACUGGCCGCUCGCUUCUCUAAGGAGAUAUGGAUUUGAAGGAGAAAUAUUCAGCUUUGAAUCAGGUCGCAGGUGCUCAACCGGUGAGGGCAUUUUUGCAUUCAGAUGUCGUCGAGCUGCCAUGCUGUUCCAUGUGCUGCAGUCUAACAUCCAGCUCCGAAAUGUUCUCCAGGAAUCAUUACCAUUCCAAAUGCCAACAUCUUUACUGACGGGAAGCCCACCUACUGUCCCAAGGCAGACACUGCAAGCUACUGUGGUGCACAGGUCUUCAGUAGAUAAUGGACAACCACUUCGCACCAUUAACAACAAUCAGUUGCAAGCAUCAGCCCUCACAACAGUCUCGCAGACACCAAGAUCUCCAUCAAGCUCAGAUAUUCUAGAGGUGAUGCCGCUGUACCCACGCCCACUCAACAAUCAAGUGACUAAUGUCUAUGAAGUUAAGGAUUUCAAAUUCAAGGAAAAUAACAACAACAACAACCACGGAGAGCACAUCAACAAUGACAACAGACACAUGUACACAAAUGACUUCAAUAGGGACCUCCAAAUGUUGAGGAACACCUUGAAACAAGAGACUGCUAUGACUGCUAUGAAACAGCACAUUGAAGAUCAGCGCACAACCAUCGCACAGCCACCAUUGCACACACCAUACAUCAAUGAAAAUGUCAGUGCCAUGAGGAAGAGUCCUCCCUUCUCAGCUGCUAACAUGAAUGACAAUGUGACCUGCUCAAAGAAGAGUGCUCCGCUGUCGCCCACGCUUAGCAACGCCAGCGAGCACUACGCGCAGCUGAGCGUGGAGCAGCAGGAGGCCGCGCGCCUCUACAUGAACAUGCUGCCCGCCGACGCCGACGCGGACUUCAACAAGAACGACGCAGCCUCGAGCCUGCCUACCCCUCCCCCCCAAAUACCAAAGCUACCUGAUUACUACAAUCUGAAUAUUCCACCUGUUGCACCUAAACCAGAACUCAAUUCCUAUGCCAACCUAUCAAUUGGUGAAUUGAAGGAUUGCGUCAGUAGCGACGUGAUAAUGGCCAACCGAUACUCUGGAUCUGAAUUUGCCUCCAUGACGCCGCAAGAGGAAGUGGAGGUGAACUAUGCUAUACUGGAUAUAGAGACUCCGAAAGACAGUCACAGGCAUCCAGCAAAAGACAAGAAGUCGGAUAAUGAGGGUGGCUCAAAAGGCGAGGUGUAUGCAGGGCAGGGCUCGCGCGGCUGUAGCCGGUGGCACACGGCGCACGACGCGUCGCCCGCGACCGGCAGCGCGCCCGGCGGUGUCGGCUACACCACCAUCGACUUCGACAAGACUGUCGCCCUCACGUCAGUGGCCACCAGCGCAGAGUGCGACGGCACUCGCCAGGGAAGGCACAACACUGGCAGUCCUCACACAGACCGUUCGAAGGAUAAAUCUACCAAAUAAGACGAUACCAAAGAGUAGCUGGCAGCUUCUGAAAUGAUAAGACUGGGGGUGUGAUGCCAUGUAAGGACUGUUUACACAGUAACUAUUCCCUUUUAUUUUAUUAUGAUCCGUUGCAUAACUAUGUUUAUUGACUAGCAUUGCAUUUUAAGUUGGUAAAACCUAGGAUAGUUGGACAAAAGAUGUCUUUGCAUUUAGUAACAUUUUAUAACUGUAGGUAAUCGUAGAUAUGUAUUCAGUGAGGCUUCAAUGCGAUUGUGUUAAAGUUCCUAACUUUAUAAAAUUUUGCCAAAAAGAAAUAGCUUCUUUAUGAAAUUUAGUUAAUUUUAUACAGUAAAAAGCAACAUUUCGAAAUAAUUAUUUUGUAAUGUUUUACAAUUAUCACCCUUGAAGAAAUAAACGGAGUUAACUAGAUUUACAGUUAUGAAAAAUUAAUUAAUCAAAAAUAGGUAAUGGGAAAAUUGCAAUUAAGUAAAUUAAAGAUACAUUGUGUGCAAUAGUGGUUUAAGUAUAACACAAAGUUGUGUUCUCUCAUAGGAAAACAUAUUAAAUUAUAAAUUACCUAAGGUUACUAUAAAAAAUCCAAAGAUAAUUAAUGUUACUUUUGUAGGUAGUUAAAAUGUUUAGGCACUAAGAAAAAUAUGGUUGCAAUAUCCAUGCAACUCUUUCUAAUAUAAUAUACUGACAAAUGGCAUUAUAUUGUAUGUAGACUAUAGUAAAUAAAAUAAAUAUGUGUUUAGACGGACUUGGUACAGGGAAGUAGAAGAAAAUACUGUAAUGUCUUUAAAAAGACACAAUUACAAAAGUACAUAAUAUGCUUUGUUAAAUUGGUGUUACUUAUUAAAUCAAAAAAUAUAUAAGUUAACCAUGACAAGAAUAUAACAUUGCUGUUGUUUAUAAUGUUGAGGAACAUUAUUAGAAUAUUGUAUAAUAUACGCGAGUAUUUAAAUAUGUUUUGAAAGUUAUCCCUACCAGAUCAGAAUACCAUGCAAUUGCUUGCCAUUUUAUCGACAAUUAUUUAAUUGAGUAGGUUUUGCCAUUAUUUACCAUUAUUAUAAUUGCCUAAUUUGCAUUCGGUUGAAUCGAAUUAGCUUAGCGUUAAAUAGUUAACGUAAGUACAAUUUGUUAUAUUUGCAAGUGUUUUAUAUUAAUUUAAUAUUUAUAAGCUUUACAUGUAUUUUAUUUAAAUUAAAAAGAUUUAAGUAAUGAA